AUGGCAGCACUUUCGGAUUCCCUCAUGAAGUCAAAGGUCCUGGUCGGUCCAGAAGUGUCCAUGACGAUCAAGAAUAUGGAAGGUUCCGGGCAGCAGGGGCUUGACAGGUGUGGAUUGCAAUGCCAAGUAUCUAAGCUUUUGGAUGCUUGGGUCGAGGCUGUGGCAGAUAUUGAUGGGAGACACCCAGACAUCAAAGCAGCCUCCGGCGACAAUAUAGAAUCACAUAUGCACGGCAAUUUUUCAAAUAGUACGGAGUACUCCGUAGCUGAUAUUCAACCGAUCGGAAGACCGGCCAUAAGGUCAUCUGUCCAGUCUUUCCUCCUCUGGUCAUCCCCGUGGAGGGUAGACAUUGCUGACGUCGUGACUUGUGGGACCAGCAGACAAGCCUUGCCAACAUACAAGGUUCAAGGCGCAUAUGGCCUGUUCCGCUUUCACUUCGAUUAUGGAGAACAGCCUGGUCUUGCGCCUGUUGAGUUUGGGACCAAUCGGUUGACUUCCUAG